CCUGACCCGGCAGUCAGACGAGCUCUUAUCUCCCGUGAACACUGUUCUUAGCUCAAGCUGAUGUCUCGCAAGAUGUGAGCAAGCAAAGUCUGGAGUGCCGCUCGUCGAAUCACUUUGCUCCCCCAACCCCCUUUCCGCGUGGUCUAACGGCGUUGUUUGGGCACCUAUCGUCUGUCAAUACUGGCCUCGAUCGCAAACGAUCUGCUGGCGCUAUAGAUAUCCACUCCAACUCCAUGACAACAGACAUGCGCCUGCGCUGCCUCAUCCUCUCCUCUACCGGCGCAUCUAAUCUGCAUGCACCAUGUGGCGGCGAGUCUACUUCCUCCUGAUCGUGGUGCGCAUCUACUUUGCGCUGUCGCCGAGCUACCUGCACCCGGACGAGAACUUCCAGGGCCCCGAGGUCAUCGCAGGCCGCGUUUUCGACUACCCCGUCCACGAAACAUGGGAGUUCACCUCGGAGCACCCCAUCCGCAGCGCCUUCCCGCUAUGGCUCGCGUACGGCUGGCCCAUGUACAUUCUGCGCUGGCUGUGGGAGGGUUUCGGUUACGAGGUCUCGCCGUCGGUCGUGUACUGGACGCUGCGAGUCCUCAUGCUGACCCUAAGCAUCGUCAUGGAGGACUGGGCUGUCCAUGAGCUGGUCGAGUCGCCCCGCGCUCGACGCGUCGCCGUGCCCCUGGUCGCGUCAUCGUACGUGACUUGGACCUUCCAGACGCACACCUUCUCCAACAGCCUCGAGACGCUGCUUGUGUGUUGGAGUCUGGUGUUAGUUCAGCGCAUUGUGGGAGAUAAGAAACGCUCCGGUAUCUUAGCCUCGUCCAUGUUGGGUGCUAUGGUCGUUGUGGGACUUUUCAAUCGCAUUACGUUCCCUGCCUUCCUAAUUCUUCCUUCGUUACUUCUGUUGCCGCACUUCAAGCGCAAGCCACUCUCCUUAGUCUUCCUCACCUUAGCCGCCCUUUUUACAGCUUUCGUGGCCAUCUGCGUCGACACCGCAUCCUACACGCCUGGCGAGUUCACUUUCUCGAGCGUCUUCAGCAACCCCGUUAUUACACCCCUCAAUAACUUCCUCUACAACUCCGACUCGACAAACCUUGCUCAGCAUGGCAUACACCCAUUGUACCAGCAUUUCCUGGUCAACCUGCCACAGCUUCUUGGACCUGCAUUUCCACUGCUGUUUCUCCUCCGUGGCUCGCAUAUCAGCCCAAUCCUCGUGUCAGCUCUAUCAGGCGUUGCCCUCUUGAGCAUCUUCCCGCAUCAAGAAGCUCGCUUCCUCCUUCCUGCGGUGCCACUGAUCCUCUCCUCGAUUCGACUGCCCCAAAAUCCCCAAGUCAGGAAGUUUUGGACCGCAACCUGGAUCGUCUUCAACGUGGGUCUGGGUACGCUGAUGGGCGUCUACCACCAAGGUGGCAUCGUACCGGUACAAAUCCACAUAGCCAAGACACCCGAAUUCGUCACUCACGCGUUCUGGUGGAAGACUUACAGCCCACCAACUUGGCUUCUGAAUGGCAAGAACGAAGAGCUUACUACCGUCGACUUGAUGGGCAUGCCGGGAUCAGAAAUGCUCGAUACUGUCAAAGCCUCGUUGCCAACUUGCCGGACACGAAAACCGCCAAAGAUUGAAGGGCGAGGCGCAAUAUACCUGGUAGCGCCGAGAUCUGCCUACUUUCUGAAGCCAUUCCAGAAUCCUGCCCGUCGCGAGGAAAUCGAGCUUGAGGAAGUCUGGAGCUACCGACAACACCUGAACCUCGACGAUAUGGACUUCGACGACGACGGUGUGUGGCCGACGCUGAGCAGAGUAGUUGGCGACCGCGGGCUGGUUGUGUGGCGGGUGACUAGGAAUUGCUGGGCCACUGAAGCACCGGCUCAGUGAGCGUCGCGCUGAGUGAGCGGCGCUUUUUGCCGCGACUCACCCUCAUCAACGAGGGGCAGCUAUCUCUUUGUUAUUUGAUCAUUACAGCAUCUCCUUCUCGUUUACUUAUUCACACCAAGAUACCCUCUUAGAUAUAGCUCUCCUAAUCUGAAAC